CGGCGGCACCUGGCAGGCUGGGUCAGGCAUUUCUGUCGGUUUCUCAGGCAAUGGUCGGGAUGGAGGCGUGGGAGACGAGUCCGGGCGGGAUUGUGUUUGGAGAAGUGGACGAUGGCAUGGUGCGAGAGGCACUGGGCGUGGAAGGGCCGGGCAAGUGGCCGGUGAAGCACUACUACGUGACGAUGAAUGACGGAGUCAAGCUUUUCGUCUCGGUCUUUGUCCUCGAGGGCAAGGAGCAGCAGCCGUCGCCGGCGGUUGUCGACAGGUCGCCUUAUGGCCCGCUGCUGGAGGAGCUGGCGGAUUUGUGGCUUCCGGUCGGGUAUGCGGCGGUGAUGGUGAACCAGCGCGGGACCGGGCUCUCGGAAGGCAACUGGACCAUGUGGCACACGUCUGCGUCAGACGGGGCGACGAUCAUGCAGUGGAUCACCGAGCAGGCGUGGAGCAACGGGAUUGUGUUUGAAGAGGGCGCAUCCGCUGACGGCAUCGAGGCGUACACCUCGUUCCUUGUUCCGCAACCACAUGUCAAGGCGGCAUGGGUGCUAUGGUCGACGGGCCGGUCGCACCCGCUCGUCUACCAGAACGGUGCGUUCCGCCAUUCGCUCGUGGGUGGAUGGAUCGAGUCGAUCCACGCGCAGCGACCAUGGAUGCCGGCGUACCUGCCAGAGAUGUACGAGCACGAGGCGUUUGACACGUGGUGGGCGGAGAUCUCGUUUGAGAACUACACCAACGUCGAUGUGCCGAUGAUCCACUACGCCGGAUGGGGCGACAUUUUCCUGCAGCACCAGCUCGAGACGUUUGCAGCGUUUCAGGCUCAAGGCGCAGCCGGCGCGCGUGGCAAGCAGAAGCUUGUGGUUGGUCCGCUAGGGCACUGCUCGCUACAGGCGCACGACCGGCGGCCACAGGCUGAGCUGGCCGAGAUUUUCUCCUACGAUCUGGCAACGUGGCUCUUUGUGACGACAGCGGGUGAGCCGUUUGAUCCGCCCAAGCUCGACACCAUCACGUUUUACGUCAUGGGCGCCAACGAGAGCCAUGCGCCGGGCUCAUACUGGACCACGCUUCCAGAGUGGCCGGCGACGACGCCAAAGACCUUCUACCUUGCAGCGAACAAAGUGCUUGCUGUCGAGCCGUCGAGCGCGGGAGCCAACGAGACCUACGUCUUCGAUCCGGCGAAUCCGGUCAAGACGAUCGGCGGCAACAACCUCAUGCUGCCGUGCGGGCAGCGGGCGCAGAAUGCGGUCGAGGGCCGGGCAGACGUCCUUGUCUUCACCUCGGCCAAGCUGAGUGCGCCGGUGGCGAUUGCGGGGCGGAUGUCGACGACGCUGUACGUCUCGUCGUCGCGCAACGACACCGACUUCACGGUCAAGGUCACGGACGUGUUCCCGGACGGGGCGUCGAUCCUCAUCACCGACGACAUCAUCCGCAUGCGGUGGCGGGUGUCGGACAAGGCACCAGUCGGGAUGGUGCCCGGGACAGUGUACAAGGUGACCAUCGAGCUGUGGGCGACGUCGUACGUGUUCAACACCGGGCACGCGCUCCGGUUCGCGGUCUCGUCGUCCAACUACCCGCGGUUCUCGGUCAACCCGAACACUGGGCUGCCGAUCAUCGACUUUGACGAGGCUCACAUGCUUGUGGCGCACAACACGCUCCACUUUGGUGGGGAGACGCCGUCAUCGCUCACACUCCCUGUCGUUUCGAUGACUGACAUUCCGCACAAUGUGCUGUGAAGGUGGAUUGUAGCUUCCGUGGUCGCCGACGGGAGUAAAACAACGUUGUUUUCCACA